AUGUGCAUCGGGAACGCGGGCACCAGAGUCGGAUCAUGUAUCAGAGGUCACGCACAGCGAGGAGGAAAGAAGAUGCGGACUGCACAUGCACGAAACACUGCUGUUGUAAUGACAAACGAAUUUUGCUCAUCCAAGACCUGUGUGUUUUGUUUUCAUCAAACAGAA